GGACUGUCCUCUCAGUGUCACAGUGGAGCACAAGGAGCAGGACAGCAGAGAGGAGCCCGAGGAGGAGACGCACACAGGAGAGAAACACCCGUCUCGGUAUUUUCUGGGGAGGAAGACAACUCUACUGUGACAUCAUAUUUCCCGGAGACACAAAGUGGAGGAUAAAACAGGCGAGCGCCUUCUCUGUCAGUGUGGGAACGGAUCCACUCAGGGGACACAAAUGUGAGCGCCGCGCACGGAUCACACUCAGGUGCAGAGAAACCAAACUGGCGGCGCACUUAGGAUGCAGAAGUCACCGGUGGAAGAUGCAAACUUCCUCUCCAAAUUUUUCUUCUGGUGGACGACACCGCUGCUGAGGAAGGGCUUCAGAAAGAAGUUGGAGCUGACAGAUGUGUAUAAGGCUCCGUCUUUUGAUCUGGCAGACAACCUCUCUGAGAGACUUGAAAGAGAAUGGGACAGAGAGGUGGUGUCAGCCAAGAACAAGCCCAGGCUGAUGAGAGCGCUGGCCCGAUGCUUCCUCUGCCCUUUCGCCUUCUUUGGCAUCCUCCUCUACCUCGGGGAGGCUUCCAAGACGGUGCAGCCUCAGCUUUUGGGUCGCAUCAUCGCCUCAUUCGACCCUUUCCACGCUCCUGAGCGGGGUCAGGGAUACUUCCUGGCUCUCGGCCUCUGCCUCCUCUUCACCGCCCGUUUCCUCCUGCUGCAACCUGCCAUCUUUGGCCUGCAUCACCUGGGCAUGCAGAUCCGCAUCGCCCUGUUCAGUCUCAUAUACAAGAAGACCCUGAAGCUGUCCAGCCGAGUCUUGGAUAAGAUCAGCACCUGUCAGCUGGUCAGUCUGAUGUCCGCCCACCUCAACAAGCUGGAUGAGAGCCUGGGUCUGGCCCACUUUGUGUGGAUCACUCCCCUGCAGUGUAUUCUGUGUGUGGGUCUGAUCUGGGAGCUGAUCGAGGUGAACGGCUUCUGUGCGCUGGCAGCUCUGACUCUGCUCGGCAUCAUCCAAGCCUGGCUCUCACAGAAGAUGGGGCCGCACCGGACACAGCGUGCAGGGAUGAUCAGCCGCCGUCUGGCUCUCACCACAGAGAUCGUGGAGAACAUCCACUCUGUGAAGGCGUACGGCUGGGAGGAGGUGAUGGAGACCAUCAUCAAGAACAUCAGGCAGGACGAGAUGACACUGACGAGGAAGAUAGGUUCUCUGCGUUACUUCUACAGCGCCUCAUACUUCUUUUCCGCCAUCUUGGUCAUCGUGUCUGCCAUCGUGCCGCAUGCGCUCAGUAAAGGCAUCAUCCUGCGGCGUAUCUUCACCACAGCCUCCUACUGCAUGGUGCUGCGGAUGACGUUGACCCGCCAGCUGCCAGGAUCCAUCCAGAUGUGGUAUGACACGCUGGCACUGGUCAAGAAGAUUGAGGAUUUCUUAUUGAAGGAAGAAUACAGAGUGCUGGAGUACAACCUGACCACCACUGAACUGGAGCUGGUCAACGUAUCUGCAUCCUGGGACGAGGGCAUCGGUGAGCUGUUUGAGAGGAUCAAGCAGGAGAACAAAGCUAACGGACACCUGAACGGUGAUGCCGGCCUCUUCUUCACUAACCUCUACGUCACACCUGUGCUCAAAAACAUCAGCCUGUACCUGGAGAAGGGCAAGAUGCUGGCAGUGGCUGGAUCCACUGGCUCAGGGAAGAGUUCCCUGCUCAUGAUGAUCCUGGGAGAGCUGGUGCCAUCGGAGGGUAAAAUCCGACACAGUGGUCGCAUCUCGUUCUCACCACAGACUUCCUGGAUCAUGCCGGGGACAAUUCGAGACAACAUCCUGUUUGGCCUGACCUAUGACGAGUACCGCUACACGUCCGUCAUCAAGGCCUGCCAGCUGGAGGAGGACUUUGCUCUGCUGCCUGAAAAAGACAAGACGCUCCUCGUUGAAGGAGGGGUGACCCUCAGCGGCGGUCAAAGGGCUCGUCUCGGACUGGCCAGGGCUGUGUAUAAAGAUGCAGACCUCUACCUGCUAGACGCACCUUUCACCCACCUGGACAUCGUGACAGAGAAAGAGAUCUUUGAGAAGUGUGUGUGUAAACUUAUGGCCUCCAAGGCACGCAUUGUAGUCACCAGCAAGUUGGAUCAUCUAAAACGAGCCGACAAAAUCCUUCUACUGCACAACGGAGACUGCUACUUCUAUGGUACCUUCGUCGAGCUGCAGGCCCAGCGCCCUGACUUCAGCUCCCUCCUCCUCGGCAUGCAGGCUUAUGACAACAUCACCGCAGAGCGACGCAGCUCCAUCCUCACAGAAACUCUCCGCAGGGUCUCCAUCGAUGAAACCGCUGGCUUCCGAGGCCCAGAGACAAUUCGCCAGUCAUUCCGCCAGCCGCCGCCUCCCAUAGUCAUCUCUGGAUCCCAAGGCCAUCCUGGAGGUGAUGGCUACCCAGAAAAACGCAAACAGUCCCUCAUCCUCAAUCCCCUGGCAGCCGCUCGCAAGUUCUCCUUCAUCGGGAACUCCCAACAGACUGCAAAUGCUCCCCAGUCCGCGACGAUAGAGGACGGGGCUUGUGAACUUUCUGACAGGAAAUUCUCAGUAGUACCGGAGGAUGAUCAAGUAGAGGAAGUGCUCCCCAGGGGGAACUUGUACCAUCAUGGGUUGCAGCACCUCAACGGGCAGCGGCGCCAGUCUGUCCUAGCGUUCAUCACCAACUCUCAGGGCCAGGAGCGCAGAGAGCAGAUGCAGUCCUCCUUUAGGAAAAAGCUGUCCAUCACGCCGCAGUGCGACCUGGCGACCGAGCUGGACAUUUAUGCCCGCCGCCUGUCCAAGGACAGCGUGUAUGACAUUAGUGAGGAAGUGGAUGAAGAAGACAUGGAGCAAUGUUUUGCAGACGAACGUGACAACAUCUUUGAAACUACCUCAUGGAGCACUUACCUACGCUACAUCACCACCAACAGGAGCUUAGUCUACGUCUUAAUUUUUAUAGUCGUAGUCUUCGCCCUUGAGGUUGCUGGAUCAGUCCUUGGCAUUUUCCUCAUUACUGAUGAGAUCUGGAGGGACGGCGCCAACCCGGCAUCACCAAACUACAUCGACGAGCAGCACCCCAACGCCUCGUCGCCCCCCACCCACCUGGCAGUCAUCGUCACACCGACGAGCGCCUACUACAUUAUCUACAUCUUUGUGGCGACGUCGGAGAGUGUGCUGGCCUUGGGAUUCUUCAGGGGUCUCCCAUUAGUGCACACGUUACUCACUGUGUCCAAAAGACUGCAUGAACAGAUGCUUAGCGCCGUGCUGCGAGCUCCCAUGGCCGUGCUCAACACCAUGAAGACAGGCCGGAUCAUGAACAGGUUCACCAAGGACAUGGCCACUAUAGACGACAUGCUGCCUCUGGUGCUGUUUGACCUCAUACAGCUCACGUUGAUUGUUACGGGUGCCAUCUUCACUGUGUCCAUCAUGCGACCUUACAUCUUCAUCGCUGCCAUCCCGUUGGCUUUCCUCUUCGUUAUCCUCAGAAAGUACUUUUUACGAACUGGACAGCAGCUCAAGCAACUGGAGGCUGAAGCUCGCAGCCCCAUCUUCUCCCACCUCAUCAUUUCAUUGAAGGGUUUGUGGACGAUUCGGGCAUUUGGGCGUCAGACCUACUUCGAGAUGCUCUUCCAUAAAGCGCUCAAUACUCACACAGCCGCCUGGUUCCACUACUUGUGCACGCUGCGUUGGUUCCUCUUCCGCUGUGACAUGAUCUUCGUCCUGUUCUUCACCGCCGCUGCCUUCAUCGCCGUGGGAACCAACCAGGACAAACCAGGGGAGAUUGGCAUCAUCGUGGCCCUGGCCAUGCUUAUUCUGGGGACUUUCCAAUGGGCUGUCAUCACCAGCAUCACUGUGGAUGGACUGAUGCGUUCGGUGGAUCGGGUGUUCAAGUUCAUUGACAUGCCACCAGAGGAGCCACUGCCAGGGAAAUCUGGUAAAGGAGGCUCCGACCUCAUCAUCGACAACCCGCACGCCAAGGACUGCUGGCCCAACCGUGGCCAGAUGGACGUCCGGGGCCUCACUGUCAAAUACACGGAGGCUGGUCGCUCCGUCCUCAGCGACAUCUCCUUCUCUGUGGAUGGAGGGCAGAGCGUGGGUCUGCUGGGUCGAACCGGUUCAGGGAAGAGCACCCUGCUCUCCGCUCUGCUGCGUCUCGCCUCCACUGACGGAGAAAUCUCCAUCGACGGCGUCUCCUGGAGCUCCGUGUCCCUGCAGACAUGGAGGAAGGCCUUCGGGGUGGUGCCGCAGAGAGUCUUUAUUCUGACCGGCACCUUCCGGAUGAACUUGGACCCUCAUGGACGUUACAGUGACGAAGAGCUGUGGAGGGUCGCUGAGGAGGUGGGUUUGAAGUCAGUGAUCGAGCAGUUUCCAGACAAGCUGGACUUUCAGCUGGAGGACGGAGGCAACGUCUUGUGCAACGGACACAAACAGCUGCUGUGUCUCGCCCGCUCCAUCCUCAGCAAGGCCCGCAUCCUGCUGCUGGACGAACCCUCCGCCUACCUCGACCCCAUAACGUUACAGGUCCUGAGGAAGACGCUGAAGCAGGCGUUCUCUGGCUGCACCGUCAUCCUAUCAGAACACAGAGUGGAGCCGCUGCUCGAGUGUCAGUCAUUCCUGAUGAUCGAGGGCAGCUCCAUGAAGAGCUACGACUCCAUCCAGAAGCUGCUGAAUGAGAGGAGCCACCUGAAACAGGCCAUGAGCCCCGCCGACAGGCUCCGCCUCUUCCCCACGCUUCACCGCCUCAACUCCAGCAAGAGGGCACCGCCGCAGGCCGCCAAGAUCUCGUCUCUGCCGGAGGAAGCUGAGGAUGACAUCCAUGACACUCGCCUCUAACCCGCCAGGCACUCACGCGCGCACACACACGGAUAUACACACUCCUAACUCAGAACACACAAGAGUUUGAUCCAGUGUUUUGAUACUGGUGAUCGUGGGUCUAAGUGAUAAACAGUAAACAGACAUUAUUCCCUCAAACUACCAGUGAACAAGCAUCUCAAUAACUACGGGACACUGAAACAUUUUAUUCAUCAGGAGAACUCAGUUUACACUGAGUCAUAAUGGACUAAAAUCAAAAAUUAAAUGUGCAAAAAAAGGUCAUGAAACAAAACUGACUAGUUUGAUUUUUAAUAAAACAUCCAGUUUUGACCAGUAUAAUAAUUUAACCCUUGUGCACAUACAGAAUAUUGCACACAUGCAAAUUAGCAUGUAGAGACACAAGCACAGACGGCACACGUCCAGUAACAACAUAGCAAAGAGCAUCAAGCCACACACAGCUGUUUACUGUCACAUGAUGAGGCUGAUGUGUGGAGCUAAUAUAGUAAGUGUUGGAGGACAUUUUGCACCCAUGUAAUAAAAAGUUAUGUGUCUGUAAUUGUUUGAAUGCUAACAGCUGAAAAACAAGAUGGCGGCGUGCAUAGUGGCAGCGACCCAGAGCCCUCCCCGCUUUAGCAGAAUUAGAUCUAUUGAUCUGUCUAACAGCCCUGUGCGUUGAUCUUAGAGUGCACCUGACCUGUUUGGUUUGAUAAAAACGAACUCAGGUCCAUUUGUUAGUGUGGUCCGUUUGGGCAAGUCUGAAAGCUGUCAAUCAAACCCUGGUGUAGACCGAACAACUGAACCGAGACUGCUCAAAAAAGUGGGUCUCAGUCCGCUUCCAAACAGACUCUGGUGCGGUUUGUUUGCAGAUAGCAGAUGUGGGAUUUUAGCAGCCAUUUGCUGAUCCUGAAAUCUGUCCACCAUCUCAUAACUGAUCCUGAUAAAGGCCACGUAUAUCCCAUAAACUGUUUAUGCUAAUGCAUACAUGUAACCAUGGCAACAGGGUAUUUUCCCUGAUUAAAAAGCUGUUCAAACUGCCAUCAUUGUAUCCGACUCAGUUCUGUCCAUGUAAAAGAGCGUGACAGUGAUCCCACAGUAUGAAGCCCCGAAUCAUUUCGUCUUUUCAUCCUGUCUCUGUUCGUCAUUAUUCAGAACAUGCAAUUGAUUUGCAGUCUAAUAACAGCCUCCUAAUAAUGCUUACAGUCAGUUAUUUCUCUGUGAGCUCUUUGUGAAACCGAAGAACAGAAAUAUAAACACUUUGGAAGCAUUAAAGUUCUGCUGCAUGAACGUCUGUUUGAUUUCCUCGCGUGGGUCCUGAUGAUGCAGGAUGACAAACACCAAAACUGUCCAAUCAACCAGUCACCUGUCAGUCGGUAGAACUUCAUUCGUUUGUAAAAAGUCGGUGUGAACAUGAACCAAAACUAAAAUGCAGCAAUGGAUCAUUUUCUCCCUCUGGUGCGACCAAAUGAACUGAACCACAGGUGUGAAAGCACCUUAGAGCUGAAUGUUGCAUGAGUUUGAGUCAGGCGUGUGCAGUUCAGAAUGUAACUUCAUAUUACAGUGUGCAAAACUUAACAGUUACACCACAUGUUGGCCAACACGAACAACAUGACUGCAAGUUUAGAAGAUAUUCAUAAACACAUUGGUAUGCAGGUGAAUUGAAAUUAAAGGAUCAGGCGACAGAAGCAUAAAGAAGUUUCCAAAUUGAAGCUUUUGCUGUAAACCUGUCUCUAAAUUAGAACAAUAAUAAUAAGGCAGUGUCUGUAUUUGCUGCAGGGAGACAUUGAAAUGGGAGACUUUACUUUAACAAGCAUGAAAAAUAAGAUCCUUCAAUGUGGCAGGGACCAGAGCGGCGUGGUUAGACGUAAUGUGCACAUAUUAACACGUCCUAAAAUUAUGCUUCAGUGUGACUAACUAACUGCACACUUUGUUGUUGAAACAUUUCAAGCGCCUUUGCAGGUUUCAGUCAGUCAGGUGUUUUCUGGGGGCGCUGGACAAACUGUGUGAGAGUUCCUUCAGUUCAGAUAAUCCUCAAAAAGUUUCUCUUCUGAUGCCCAAAAGUUUUUGCUUUGAUAAAGCGUGAAGUGCAUUAGAUUUUUGUAGCAUGAUUUAAAAAAAUAAAAGCUCCACUGGUUUGGAUGAAGGGACUUUUACUUUCUGAGAAAAACACAAAGGAGAAGACGUUAGUGAGCAACCAGCUGGUUUUCACUGGAGCCUUCAGUCUCUUUAGAUUAUUUUAACUCUGACGGAACACAAAAUGGCCGCCACUGUAGAAAUCUGACUCACUGUAUGUAUCUCUUAUGAUCAGCUCUCUCUCCUGUACGAUUGAAAAGAGUAACUGUGAUCACAGCGAGGGAACAGUCAGGAAGCGCAGCGUUAACUGUCACAUGCAUCUAAUCAACCAGCUUUAUGAAGCUGACAGGAGUUAAUAAUGUUGCACAUAAAAAAUCUCCUGGUCUGAGGCCUUGCUCAAACAGCCGAGGGCUUAGGAAACAUUUGAUUCUGUUUAUACUGUGUCAGUUUUAUUUAUAUGUGGCCUCAACAGAGAGAGUAAUUUGUUGUCUUAUUUUAGCGGUGACAUCACUGUUUCCUGUGGUGUUUAACAGCCCAUCAAAGUACUCGAUGCAAAGUGCUGCAUAAAGAAGACAAAGACUGAUUUUAAAGGUUUCUUAGGACAAAAGCUUCCCCAGCGCUUUAUUCUUACAAGGAAACUUACUGUGAACUAUUAUUUUGGUUUCCAAACUAGUGAUUGACACAGCACAGGUGUUGACAUUAACUGUAGCUGUAUUUAAAGGUGCAGCAUGUGAUUUUGGAGAAAGAGAGUUGAUCGUUGAGUCUCAUUCACAGAUUGUCAAAUACUGACACUUUGGUUUGGUGGUUUAGGUCAACUUGAGUCCUGCACGGCUCCAUUUUUGAAACCCCACACCCGGUACCAGCUCAGUACCAGAACCUACCUGUUACCUGUCAUUAUGUCUAAGUCAAAGCCAGUCCAUCUCCAGUCCCUCACAUGAAGCUGGUUCUCCGUACUUGAAUUGGACGUCUCUUUGACUGGAUGGUGAAAACAUUCAGUCACUGCCAGGUUAGGAAACAUGUUAGCAUGCUCCUUCCACCACCAUCAAACCUCCAAAGGAUCCUCCUUGGGUGUCUUGAACUCCAUGUAGGCUGCCACCUCAUCCUCGGGCUGCAAAGUUUCAUGGCUGGAGUCCUCCACGUCGGUGACCAAUGAGACCACGGGGUUAAAGGUUAUACUGGGGUCACUGACUUUCAAAAUAAAAGGAACUGCAGCUUGUCAUUUAGAUGUUAGAAUAUUACACAUAUACUGCGCAUCUUUUUUAUGAAAAAAAAUUAAAUGUAUUUAUGUUCUUACCUGCUUCCCACCCAUGUGUAGUCCAUAUCCGUGAAUUUAUACACAUCUUUUUGCGGGUUAUCUGACCAGGACCAGGUGCAGGACUCUGGGUCCAACUACCAACCCAAGGUGGCUGGUAUCUGACAAUCUGUGAAUGAGACUCAACAAUAAAGAGUCUUUCUCCAGAGUUACAGACUGCAGCUUUAUUAAAUUCACACUGUUGUUAAGCAUAAAGUAUAUGAUCAAAGUUGCUAUUAUGAAUUUUGCAAUGGACAAAUCACCUUUUUUAACUCAUUUGGUUUUUCUAACAAAAGUAGAAAAACGUGUACAUGAUGCGUCGUGUUCAGCUUGAAAAAUAAUCUGUAAAUCCUUCAGGAUAAAAAGAGAUCAGAGCUUUGUAAAACGGAAUUUAGACAAACUGCAGCCGAGAGUGAGACUUCUACAGUGGCUCCAUGUGUUGAAAUAUCAUCUGAGUAUUUGCAUUUGUAUCUUUGGUUAGUCAGACACACACACACACACACACACACACACACACACACACCAACAGGAAGAGUGACGCCGCCGGCUAACACUAACGAGUUGUGACUCAGAAACUCUUACUUUUCUAUCGGUAUGCACUUUAGAGACACCCUGAGGUACUCAUCAGCGCUCACAGCGAGGAAACAGUCUGAUAAUUAAACGCUGUGCAACUUUUUUUUUCAAUUCCUCCGUAAAACAAAGUGUAUACGUAGAGUUGUGACCUUUUUUAACAAGUUACGCUUUUCACUUUAAUUUUCCAGCCUUUGUUACUUGAUAAAUUAUAGAGAGAAGACAGUAAUUAAAAAAAAAAAUCCAUUUUCUAUUUGAAAUAAAGUGAAAUAUAUUUUUUCAGAGCCGCUGCUGUACAAACGCAAUGCGAACAUUUAGCAUUUCUUUUUUAUCAUUUUCCAAGUUAUAUCUGUUCUUCCCUUGGAAACUGGAAACUGUUGUGACUCUUCUAACAUCACUUUAUUUUCUUCGGUUGAGGGAAGAGUGUUGCUCCUUUCUUACUGUAUGAUAGUUUUGUAAAGCAGUGAUGCUGAUAAUUAAGGUACCAUGGAGAAAUGCCUCGACAUGUGAACUGUGACGACAGAUGUUUUUUUUACAGAGUAAAUUAAGAACCGAGCUGUUUCUUACUCAUAGGAAGGGACGCACAUGUCCAAAAAAUGUAUAAAUGUAUUUGUUCAAUCAACUAUAUUUCCAGUAAAACUAAAGAUUUUAAGAACGUUA